ACUUAUUGAAGAGCGUAUUUUUAUACUUUCUCUAUUUAAAGAAACCAUUCUGGGUAGUUAAAUAAAGAAUGUAAGAAUAUAUCGCAGAAGGUUAUCAAUAUCAAAUAAAACUGCGAUCGCUGCCGUCUCCACCUAUGGAUCGCUUCCGGCCAGUGUUACUUUACGCGUUCUCUAUGCUGCGUCAUUUAUCAUUGACGGCCGUUAAAUCUCGAUACCACGGUAUACCACGGUAGUUAGUGACAGAUAAUAACGAAGUCACGGGUCUCGAUACGAUGCCCAUUUUCAGACGCGAGAACCAUCGAAUUUUCCCGAUAAUCAAUUUUCGAGAGAGAGGAACUCGUGAUCGCGUUCGUAUCUCUCGAGUCGGUUGACCUUAUCACGCUUGCCAGAUUAGCGUCAAUCGUUUUGAUGAGUGUUGCUGCCAGUGUCAGUCAGCAGUGAACAUAUUCCGUGCAUCGUCUGGAAAAUGAUGGUCACCGUGGUCCAGGCGAAGCUCGCGUCGAUGAUCAUCAUCGGCGUUGGCAGCUUUGUCGUUGGUGUUGCACCGGUGUGUUUUGUUUCACGCGUGAGAUAUCUUCAACAGAAGCUCCUUCUCUCUUGCACACUGUGUUUUGGUGGUGGCGUUCUGUUCGCAACUUCUAUUCUGCACAUGUUACCGGAAACACGGGAAUCUAUGUCUAAACACGCAGAACUACUUUUUUCAUGCGGAUUUCUUCUCUUGUAUCUUAUAGACGAAUGUGUCCAUUAUUUUUGGGGCAGUGAAGACCAGCAUGUUCCGCAGGAACAUCGUUACGAAAACUCGAACUGGAAUAAUGGAAACCAGGCGGAGCGAUGCCGGAGUCACUCGCAUCAAGUGAGCUAUAACACGGGUACGCGGACUGUCAGAGGCGUCCCCAAUGCCGACUUUAAUACGUCUUAUCAGACGAGUCUAGACGGAAACGGAAUGGUCAGCAACUGGGAACGCGAAGGUUACGGAGCGGUACAAUAUACACCGACCGCGCCACGUCAUUAUAACAACGAAGAGACGUUUUUAUGCCAUGGCAAUCAUUCAGAGCCGUGCUCAGAUUCCAAUACCAACAUCAUGGGACUUUUAUUGGCGCUCACGGUCCAUGCUGUCCUCGAAGGACUGGCGGUUGGCCUGCAAAAGGCUACGUCCGAAGUAUUUUUGUUAGUUGGAGCAGUAGCUUCCCAUAAGUUCGUCGUUGGAUUCUGUUUAGGAUUAGAACUAGCCGGGGCUAAUAGCACUCUUUUUAGGCUCGUACUAGCAAUCUUUGUAUUCUCCGCUGGAUCUGCAGUUGGUAUAGGAGUCGGAAUGUUAACAUUCAAAAUGCAGAAUAAGUGGACAGACGUAGCUGUACCGAUUCUUCAAGGUUUAGCAGGUGGAACGUUAUUGUACGUAACGGUUAGCGAAAUCUUGCCAAGAGAGAGGGCGAGAUGGCACAGAAAUCUGCGACGAUCCGCCGGCGUUUGGCAGCUCUUGUCCGUGAUUCUUGGCUUUGUCGUUAUUUACCUUUUGAAUAACUACGUGGCAACGUGAAUUUACAAUUCUACUUUUAGCUAUUUGAUAGAAUAAAUUGUUCAACAAACGAAAUUCAACAGUAGCGUAUCAAGAACUACAAGGGAAGAAAAAUGUUACGCGAGCUUCUCUGGAAUAAAUUUACCCGAGAAGCUAUCUUUAUUCAGGUUUAAAUACAAGUUUCACGUACACGGAAUAUCGUGACGAGAAAGAGAUACAAAGAGCUGGAGCAAUUGAACGAGGAGAGACAAAAGAGAAAAGAUAACGCCCUUUAAAAUAUUGUACAAAAAUAGAAUGUUGCAACGAAAUCGAUAAAAUGUUUUAAUUCUCGUUUGUUCUAUUUUUUUACACGUUCACAGUUUGUUGUUUAAAGAGUAUAGAAUACAAGUUACAGUACCUGCAGCUUGGAUGUUUGCGAUGAAUUUAUGAAAGGAUUUCCAGAAUUAUGUAGGACAGAAUUUUUAUUUUUUAUAAAGUAAAAUUACGUGUAGUUUUAUCAAGUUGGUGUUUACCAAAUAUUAUAGGCGUGAAAUUGAAGUUCAUCCGUCAAGUUACCAUACAAAACACAAUUAUUUUUGUAUCGCGUAUUUCAUUCAUUUUCAUCAAAAUGAAUCAUCAAAAUCAACAAUAAGAAUAAUACGAAUCACUAGUUACAUCGCGCAAAACAGAUAAUGAAUACAAUUAGCGAAAUAGAUUAUUGGCAUAUUCGCUCGUCAAUAAUCACCUAAGUAAUUCGUUAAUGUUAACGAUUACAAUCACUAGCGUGAAUAAAAUCUACCAUUACUUUUAUUUUUAUACGUAUACCUCCGCUUUAUGUAGCGAGAAUAUCUGAGUAAGUGGAAGAUCGAGGGGAAAAGUAAUAAAACCUAUGUCAUGAGAUCUGCAGCUUCAGCCCAUAAUUACAUCUACAUUACCGUUUAUAAAUAUCAGGACACUUACAGAAACUAAGAUAAACAUAAGAUAUAUUUAUUUAGAUAAUUAACAUAAGAUUUAUUUAGAUAAAUUUAUAUAAAAUUAUAAUUUAUUUAGAUAAAUAACAGAGAUAUUUAUUUAGAGUUAGCUUAUAUAAAAAUCUAGUCUACGAAUCGCCAAUCUUUUUUAAUCAUAUUCACAAAACUAUGAUUUUGCGCUGAAUUUACAAAUUAUUAAUCUUCGUUUGCAUAUCAACGGAAUCUCACGUAAUUCAAUAUUUAGCGGAGCGGCGUGGGGGUUAACUUACCGCAAGUUACGCCACCGAUCAACUCGGCUAUCCUCCUCUGACUAUGCAACGCGCACCCUAAUCUACGUUACAGUAAGCAUUUACCAUCGCGUUCAUUAGCAUCAAGUUGUUGCUGAUUCCUUGGCAAGAUUAGCACAAUCGAUUCGAUUAACGUGUACGACACGACGAACAACGAAGAAGAUUUUACGCGAUAACAAACGUGACAACGAGAGCUUUGUACAUCCAACGAAGCUUUGAACGAAUCGAAAGACGUAUCUCUGUCAUCAUCAAACGCAACGACGCGACGCAUUGAACGCGAAUUGUGAAUUAUUCGGUCUGUCACCACAGAGAUUGGGAAAGUGACGUAUCUUUAUUAGCAUCGUUGUCAUUUCCCCUUUCGUCAGAAGCUACCCCAUUGACAGAAUUUGACUAAUCGUUCGUUUUCAUCUCUUCUUUUAUCCAUUUGAUCUGUCCCAUUUCGUAUCUUUUUUUUGUUCUUUUUUUUACGCUUGUUCGAAAAGUGGUGUGAAAAUAUCGUAUUAUAUUCAUUUUUAUAUAAUUGAUUUUAUUUUAAAACAUGCAGGUUGCUUUUUUAAUACCUUUCUCUUUUACGCUUGUUUGUUUUAAUUAAUUACUUGCAGCUGUAUCAUAAGUAUCAUCGAAAUCACAAGUUGGUUUUAUAAAUUUUCGAAAACAUUAAUCUGCUUUAAAAAUUGUCUUUCAAUUGUAACAUAACGGAUAAUCGAUCGUUUUACUAUUUCUGUGAUCUCUGCGAAAUAUCUGUACUUGCAUAAAAUACGUAUGUAUAUACAUUUCCAGAUUGGUAUCGAACUUUACCAAUAUAAUCAUUAAUAAUCAUUACGGUGCCAAUGAAAUUUUAAAACGUAGUAUAUUCGUAAAACGCGUUUACAAAUGUUCGAAUAUUUCCAGUGAAUCGCCGCAAGUAAACCGUACGUAGUGUCGUUCGAUAUCUUCGAUAACAACUUCUCUGAGCAAGCGAAAGUUUAUCCAAAAUUCCCCUUAUCGAAAGUAUAAUCCGCAGGAGAGUAAAACUGUUGGAGGAAUUUUCUUGAAACUUCACGAAAUCUUUUAUGCGGCUCACGUGGAGGGAGCACGAACGUUCAAUCGACUUUAAAUUCCCUAAUAAAGGAUCGAAACGCGAGUUCUCGCGAUAGCGUGGCAAGCAAGACGAUGACAGUGAACUUGAUCCGAUCUGAUAUCAUCGAGUAUCAAGAAACCGUGCUUAUCUUUCGCUAUAGUGACCCAACUUUCUGCUUCUGGCCGUGAGAGAAAUCAAUGCAUUUUGUCGACGAAGAAAUAAACGGAGCUCGUGCAUUGAAUUUGCGAUCGGUCGACUCCAAAAACAUCGAAGGACCAGCAAUUACAUGGAAAUGAAAUUUCGAUGUUAUCGUCGUUGGUUUUGCUGGGAUUUAGUUUGGAGUUUGAAGUGGUCGUUUCGAAGCUUUCAUCGAUUCUCGUUUGAUUCGUCUUGAACGCAUUACGGUUCGCUGUUUAUUCCCUUCGAGUUCAGCGUUCAUGAAUUUUACAACGAGAUGGUGUGACAGAAGAUCGAACUUCUUUUAAUGUAAAAAUACUUUUGUGAAAUUGCAUCGUUUCAUUGAAGAAGAUAGGCAUUACAAAAUUACACGGUUAUUUGUUGAUCAUCGUUAACUGUUUCUUCUCUUCUUUACUUUUUUAUUCCUACGUAUUUUUUAAAUUUGGUCGAUUACAUUUGGUAUAAUGUCGACCAAAGUUAAUUCUAUUCCGUACAGUAUAGUACAAUACGGUCCCAUAUUAUUUACUUUACUAUUAAAAAUUUUAAUUUAAAAAUAUUAUUAAAAAUGAUUAAAAAAUUAAUUUAAUUAAUUUUUGUACAUGAUCCGAGACAUUAAACGUAGAACGUUAUUUUUCGGAAUAAUAUCUGCUUUUUCGGAUAAUUAAUUAUUCUAGGCGACGUCGUCAGCAUUAAAACUAGACGUUCGCAACAGGAAACAUAAGAGGAAUUGCAGGAAUGACAGGGAAAAGUUCGUGAUAUUUCCGAUUUAUUUAUCAGAGGCUUUGAUUAUGAGAUAUAUAUUUAAUAAACAUUUACCGACUUUCCUUUCAUCAGUUCGUGUACAUCGCAAAAAAAAGCAGAUAUUUAUCGAUGCUAAUAUGGAUGAGAUUAAUGUGUACUCUGGUAAAUAUUGACCAGCAUGAAAUACAUCGUUCAAUGUGUAAAUUCUAAAUCGGUUUACCCAGUUUCAACAGCGACGUAAAAUUUUCAACGAAUCAUUAAUAAAUACCCAUACACGUUGAAAACACAUUCCCUAAAUACGUUUAUCAAAGAGUAGAGGUUAUUAAAGAGUGGUUAAUUCAAAUUGAAAUGGCGAAUAUUUUGUUUAAAGAAAUCGAACUAUAAUGGACAAAAAUUGGAGAUGGUAGAAAGUAUAUUCGUUUGCUUCGUUGAAGGAAAUUCGUUCCUGUUAUUAGCUCCUCGAUCGAGAACAUAUUUUACGACAAAUAGAAAACGUAGUACUCUCGUUCUACUCUCUUUCCACUUUUCUUUCCUUCAUUUCUUUUUUCUUCGCCGAUCGAGGCAAUUUCUUGGCCACCGAACGCGUAAAAGAAUUCCACAGACUUCUUCCGGUAAUAAACCAACUAAUAGAAAACUUCAUUCCACCAAGGCAGAACGAUCGGUGCGAUUUAAAAUUAGCCGGUCGCUUUUAACUGGAACAAGAUAAAUCCCUUCCCCGGGCGGAAGUAACGAACGCGAUUACGAGAGGGAAGAUAAAACGAACCACUUAGGGCACGAAUGUAUUCCAAGAAAGUGCUGGAUUCAAGUAACUCGCUAAUGGAUUAAAUUCUCCGGCGUAAUUUCACGUUCUAAACAAUCGAUGCGCGGGGAAGGAUCCCGUCAUGGGAAACAGGCCAGCGAGACAGGAAAAGAAAACGUUCAAACCGACUCUAUAAUCGCGCUGCAAUUACCGUCAGGCAGUGGACUCACGAAUUUUUCGCGAAAGAACGCCCGUGAAAGGACAGCCCGCCUCCAUUUCGUAAAUUGCACGACGAAUGGAGAACUUCGUGCUUGAAACGCCGACGGAUAAUUAAGACUUGUUUGUAACUGUUAACGGUCCUGAAUAAAAAGUUCUAAAAAAAAAAAAAAAAAAAAAAAAAGAGAGAA